UAAAAAUAAAUACGGAAACAUUCGUAUAAAAAUAUUUUGUUAUGUAUGGAAACUAAAAAUACUCCAACACGUGGUCACGAGCUGAAAAUAUCUUUGACUCGAUGAUAUAUUUGUUUCAUACUAAUUCCCUACAACUGUUAAUGAUAUCAACUAUUACUUUAUAGAUUGAUCCAUUAAAUAUAAAAUCACACUGUCAUGUCGUAAAGAGCUCGCCACAAAUCAUGGCCAUUUCAGGCCAGGUAUUCAGAAAAUGGCGUCAUCCAUCGACUAAAGGUUUUACAAUCGACAGAUAGAAAGGUUAGGUCGCGACAACGGCGUCGGCGGCAGAAGCGAUAGAGGGACAAACGGGGGUCGCCAGUCGCCACUAGGCACGCCUCCCUCUGACCUUUAAAAACAUCUCCCGCGGGAAAACGUAAUCGCGCCGCAUUACCACGCGGCGAUAUAUCCCUGAAACGGUCUCAUAACAUCGAAGCGCUCUCGGUUCCACUCGAAUGCGGAUUAGCGCUUAUUGCGAGCGCACCUGUCUAGGUGGGCGAAGCGAGGCGCGCACUGCUGCAAGCAGCCGGCGCGACGGCGCGUCCACUCUGCGCAUGCGUACUGGCCGCUAUUAAAAAAUGAAUUCCUGGUUCCCGCACUGUGAGCCGUACGUUCACCGACGCCGCCGCGUUUCGCUCGCUAUUUUUGCGCGGUGAGGCCGGGACCGCGCCCGAGAUCGCGUAGCGUCGAGAGUGCCAGGGUGUGGUCGUGUGAGAGUGCAGUGCGUACGAGUGGCCGUCUCAUGCGGUGAGGGCGCCUCGCCACCGGCAGCGCCAGGAGCGCCGGGCGGUGAUGCGCUCGGCGGGCUGCUAGCGGCCGCGGCAUGGCGCGCCGCGCCGCCCGCGCCCGCGCCCGCCUCAUCACUAACACACCAUGAGUGACUUGCAGGCUACCUUCGAGUUCUCCGUGGAACUGUACAAGUUCUACAAUGUCGACCUCUUCCAGAGAGGGCUUUACCAAGUACGCGUUGGACUACGCGUAUCUCCAAAGGUGCCGGUCCACAUCGAGGCGUCGGUGUCGAGCGGCAAUGGCUCCGCAAGGACCGGCAGACCGACCACUGCUGCCUCGCUCAUCGGAGGCCUGGCUGCAUCACGAGCUUUCCAGAUUAUGUACAGAAACGAAGAGGUUACGUUGCGAGACAUCAUUCAUUUUAGAGCUCAUUUGCUAGUCGAUAGCCGAAAUUUAAAAGAAUCCCUGGAGCGCGCGGAAUGGAGCCUUGGCGUAGAGCUAUGGUGCAGCGAAGGGGCUCAGUCCAGUACCCUAGCACCUGUCUCCUGUCGCGUCCUUAAACUCCACUUCCAACCUUCCCAAGGUUUACACUACCAUCUCCCAGUAUUAUUUGAUUACUUCCACCUCUCCGCCGUCUCCAUAACCAUACAUGCGAGUCUCGUCGCUUUGCAUCAGCCAUACAUCAAGAAAAGUAUCAUGCAUUAUGUACAAAGCUGCACCCCGCGUUCAAGCAAGCAAUGGGGAAAGCUGAUGAAGAGUGCUGGCGCAAACUUUAACACGUCAGGAAGCUUCGAAAACGUACUCUUUGGCUCUACCGGAAAGUGUGCGGGGGGAAACUCAAGCAAAAUUGCACAUGCAAGACAAGUACAUGCUGAAGUAUGCGGAAUUCUACUGGGCAGUUUGGAAGGACUACAAAGUGCUUUAGCAAUAUGCGGCUCGACGGGAGUGCUGCUUACUCCUGAGCAGUCGUCUUCGAAUUCCGUCGUUGGAGAAGUGGCACAGAGAAUAAAAGAUCUCAGUGAUAUCGGCAAGAAAGCAGAAGCUGGGGAGGAGGAGGAAUGGGCAGCGGGUGCAGCUCACGACAUAGCACGACUGUGUGCUGAGGUGACACUACGCUGGCGAGCUUUCCUGCAUCACACCACAGAUCGUCCGCAUGUACACCACGCGCUUGCCGCCAGCCACCAUGCGCUCCGAAUCAAGCGCUUCUCCGAAUGCUUCUUUGUGUUGGACAACCCAAGGCAUUCAUUAGCUGGCUGCUACGAUAGCAACUACCAGUCCUACCAAAGCGUAGGGGAAGUAGCAAGGCGUUCAAGAUACCUCGCCCUUCUGCCACCGUUACCUGUACAUUGUAUAGCACUAGAUGGCGAUCCACAUAUAAUGCCCAUCAUAUUUGAAGACAGGUAUCAAGAUACAGCAGAAUUUGCAAGACGACGAUCAUUUCUUAAUUCAAAUGCAAACAAAUCUGGUAGUGAUCCAUUUUUGUGUACUGAAUCACUGCCAGAUGAUUGUGCAUGCAGUAUUAGUUCACUGAUGGAUUCAAGGAGGCCGUCAUCCGAAGCUUCUAGAGUGACCCUUACUUUGCCUAAAACUAUAAUUGAUGUUCUUGAACCCCAAUUUAAUGCGCCUAAAUCUAAUCCCAAUAUUGUUCAAGCGACUCUAACUUUAGCCCCUCAAAAAUCAGCUCGUGGAUCCCCUAAAAGAGCAUUGGUUAAACAAAACGUUAUUGAACUUAACAAACCGCAUAAUAAGCAACUUGAGAUAACUGGAAGAAACAGAUAUAUAGUUCAAAAUAAUCAAAUCAGUGAAAUUCAAUUACCACCUAAUAACGCUUUUGCAUCAUGCUCUAUCCAACAAGGACAACAAAUGUCUCGAUACUCUACAUCAACGCUAAUAGAUAUUAAUUCAUUAAAAAGUAACAUAAACGUCGCAUCGCAUUUAGGAAUGGAUAAUACAAAUCCGAAUGAAGUGUUUCGUCAAAAACAUGAAAUCACUAGUGGAGUAAGCACAUUACCAGCCAGACAUAGCAAAUCAUUAGAUCAGUUAAGAGUAUCACAAAUGUCUCAGCCUCUUAGCAAUCCUGCAAUGUUGUCGAAAAAUCCAAGAAAUAGUUCUAAUCAAUCUGUAAACUAUCCAAAGCCGUAUUUACCGCCACAACAAAUUAAACCUACUACUCUUCCCCGUAGCGUCACUACUACUGCCUAUCCCACCAAUACAACAGUUAGAUGCGGAUCUAAAGGAGAUGACUAUAGACGAAAUAUUAGUGAAUUCAGAGAAAAAUAUAAAAAUCCAUGUAAUCUCAACAUUAAUCACCACGGACUAAAUAAUGAAGUAUUUCACAAUGUAGGAUAUAAGUAUGACGGAAUAAUGAAAUCCAAUCCUAACCAAGUGUACGGAUAUACAUUCGGUAAUCAGGGUACAGUGCAAACGAAUAAUGUUAUUCGUAAUCCAUUAGAAUUUCAAAGAGGCUAUAGUGUAAAUUUGCCCCGUCCUAUGUUGCCUCCACGUAAUUCUUACCCACCUGUUAGUGGUAAAACUCAAGUGACUGAUCAAAAUAAUUUAGUUUCUAAUAAACAUGUUCAUAGAUCAAAUUCUACCCACGGUUUUCAUCAAAAUAUCGAUAGUCAACAUAUCGAUAUCGAAGCUGCUCGUAAUCAACUUAGACACGAACUUAAUUACUAUUUACAAAAAGGAGACUGGAGUUAUGAUUUUAAUACUGGUAGUUUGAUUCAAAAUUAUCAAAAGAAAUCAAGUAAAAGUAGUGAUGAUAGCGGAUUUGUGAUGACUUUAGAUAGAAGCAGUGAUGGAACAUCAAAAUCAAAUUAUUCUAAAACCCCACCAUCUACACCACAUUCUACUAUGCCUUCAAUAAGACAUAAAAAGAGCCGAUCAAAAGAAUCAAAAUUAAACAACAGCUGUAAAGAGAACACCAAAUUAAAUUCAAGCCGAGAUUCAUUAAGUAGCCACCAUUCCAUUAAAUCAAGAGAUAGCAAAUCAGACCGCCAGACAUCUAAAUCUGAACGAAGCACACCAAAAUCUGAUAGAGCUACACCGAGAUCCGGUAAGGGUACUCCAAAAUCAGGAGGUGUCACUCCAAGAUCUGGAUUGGCUACACCAAAAUCGGGUAGAGCUACACCUAAAUCAGGAUUAGCGACUCCAAAAAGUGGUAGAUCUAGUGGCAAAACAGAAAAGAGAACAAAACACAGAGCUUCUGAAAAAAUGACUCAAUUAAUGUCGGAAGCUGCUUCUUCGUCCAGCAAUGAAAGUAUACCAUUUGAAUUAAGUAGAUUAGAAUCAUCAGCUAGUGUACCAUAUAGCCUUGAUCAUGGUCCAGAAUUACUGCGACACUGUAGAAGUGCUGCAUCUGUUUUAGAUGAGCCAAACCUAAAUAAUACUUUUGGUUCUGAAUCAUUGCCAAAUUUAGCACCACCACCAGCUUUUGAAUCCCCGCCACUAGAUAUUGCAGAUAAAGAUUUCAAAAUAUUACCACCCGAAAAUUUUCUCAAUAAAGAGGAAAAAAGAAGUCGUAGUAACUCAACAUCUAGUCUAAGUGAACAGAGUGGAUGGGUGUCGAGCGGUCGCAGUUCCGGUCCAUCAACACCAGAUAAUGCCAGUUGUCAAUUAAAUCAAAAUUAUCUCCCUAGCACCUCAAAUGCAUCUAAAGUUUCAAGUAAGAAAUAUAAUGAUAAUGUCGAACACCGCAGUGAAGAUGAUGAACUAAUAAGUGAUUCAAAACAGACUCUGAAUGGAGAACAAUUACGUGAAAGGUUACUAAAAUUAGCUCUAAAAGUAGCUCAGAACUCCAAUGAGAAAAUUGAAUGUUGUGAUAAAGAAGUCUGCGAAGAGUGUACUAUAUGUAGUGAUUCAAUAUGCACGGAUAGUCAAUGUGAAUAUAAUAAAUUAAUGCACAGUAACGGCAUAGAUGCUGGAUGUAACUCAGACACGUGUUCAGCCAGUUGUUAUCAACAACGUUCAGAACCAAAUGUAGGAAAACUAAAUCAAAGGCACAAUUCAUUUAGUGCAAUUCAAAGCAAAUCAUUUAGUACUACAUCAAAAAGUUCAAAUGAAGGAUCGGUUAAAAAAUCACAAACUGUAAGUGAUAAUCUUCAUCCUUAUAUUCGUAAAGAAGUUGCUCCUAAAUUACAACAGAUACCUGCAAAAUCUAACUCAAUAGACAAAACAAAACUAAGAGACAGGAUAGAAUAUACAGAGAAAUUGAUAGCGGCAGAAAUACGAAGUUUGACAGUUGAACGAUCUUGCAAAAGUCAUGUGCUGAAAUCAAGUGCUGGCGUACAGAAGUACCAAAAUAAAGCUCGAUCUGAAGUAGACUUAGCGCAUUUUAUUGGCGAUAACGAUUACGAGCAUUUACCACCUCCUCAACAAUUUCGAGAUGCUCCUCCACCUCCUGAUGAAUUUAAGGACCCACCGACAAAAUCUCCUAAACUAAGUAGACAAAGCAGCAAAUCCUCCACACCUUCUAAAACUCCACGAAAGCAACCAGUACAACCAUCAACUUUGCAAUUAGACAACCCAUUGUAUCACGUGUGUGAAGGUAUCAUGGAAAGACGAAAAUUGAGACCCCUACAAUCAGUAAGCUCAGGAGGUGCCACGCCGGGAACCACACUUAACAAAAGUCAAAGCACUGGAGAACUUGCUAAUAGAAAUGAUAAUGAGCAACGUGAGAGUAACCUCGUUAGUAUUUUCGGUUUGGCGGAAUCUGAACGCCUAUUUGUGAAGUGCAGAGAAGAGUUCCGACAAAGUGUCAAGUAUCCAGGAGCUAUAUACUCCGAUUUCCCACCAGUUGAGAACUCCUUGCCUUACUUUCAUAUCAGCGAUGAGUAUAGAAUGUUCAACCCUGAAGGAUUACAUCUUAUCAUCUGCGUCCAUGGUUUAGACGGAAAUGCAGCUGAUUUACGACUUGUAAAAACCUACUUAGAAUUAGGUCUACCUGGAGCCAAAUUAGAUUUCUUAAUGUCCGAAAGAAAUCAAGGCGAUACGUUCUCCGAUUUUGAUACUAUGACAGAUAGACUUGUGCAAGAAAUUUUGACCCACGUCCAAAAUUCCAGCGAACCAGCUAGAAUUAGCUUCGUAGGUCACUCAUUAGGAACUAUUAUCAUCAGAUCAGCGCUAGCAAGGCCUCAAAUGAAGCCCUUCCUAGGGAAAUUGCAUACUUUCUUAUCUCUAAGUGGACCGCAUCUUGGAACACUUUAUAAUUCUAGUGGCUUAGUUAAUGCUGGCAUGUGGUUUAUGCAGAAAUGGAAAAAAUCCGGCUCUCUCCUACAGCUUUCUCUCCGUGACGCAUCAGAUCCUCGUCGCUCCUUCCUUUAUCGAUUGAGCGAAAGGAGUCAACUGCAUCAAUUCAAGCACAUCUUAUUGUGCGGAUCUGGCCAAGACAGAUAUGUGCCAUUGCAUUCUGCCAGAUUGGAGCUUUGCAAAGCUGCUGCCAAGGAUACGUCUCUACUUGGACAAGCAUAUAGAGAAAUGGUGCACAACAUGGUGUCUCCGCUGGCGGGGCGGGCGUCGACGGUGUCGGUGGUGCGGUACGACGUACAGCACGCGCUGCCGCACACGGCCAGCGCACUCGUCGGCCGUGCCGCGCACAUCGCCGCGCUCGACUCCGACCUCUUCAUCGAAAAGUUCUUGCUGGUCUCCGCGCUCAAGUACUUUCGAUAGAAGCCUUACAAUAUUCACUUGCGUACGAUUGUGUACGGUAAUUCAGUUCCGCUUCUAUACUAUUAUAAUUUGUUUCAAUACAUCUUAAUGAAAAGGCUUACUAUAUAGGCGUAUUUAGGAACAGAACGGGUAAGCUGUACUCAUCUCAAAAUUGUCUGAUGCCCACCCCAGGAGCAGAAACACAGCUUUUAGCAUGAACAAAAAUAUGUUUCAGUGUAUGUGUCUUAUUGGAGGGGUCAAGCCCCCCUGGAAAAUAAUAUUAAAUACGCGAAUUGAUAGAGGCUUCAGAAUAGUCUUUUGCAUACUGUAACACUACAGAUAAUAUUACACUAUACUAGUAAUACCGUUCAAAUUUAUACUUUAUAAUCUGUUUCAAUAGAUCUUAGUGAAAAUGUAAUCAAGUUUUAUAAGAUUUAUCACAGAAACACUGUCUAAAUGAAAUCGAACCAUUCAACUAAUUAAUCCAUUUUUAAUUUGUACUACUAUUAGACAUCAAUAAAAAUAAUGAUCGGGUCAAUUAUUCGUUUGCUUACAUAUUGCUUAUUGUCAUUAAGAUCUAUUCAAACAAACUCGAGAACCUAAUAAUAUUAAGUCUACACAAUUUGAACAACUUGCAUUUGUUUGUAGACACGGGAUAAUCUCCUACACUCCAUCUUUAUAAACCCUUAUUUAGAAUUUAAAAAAGCCAAAGUAAUACAUCUAUGACGACUGACGUUUGUUAAUACACCUAUAGGAAUUAAAAAUUAUUUUCAAUUUUAGAACAUUGAUCUAUGGAAAACACUUCGUUUUAUAACUUUCGAAUUAUUACCAUCCAAUAAAUUAGGCCUAAAAAAAUUAAUAUUAUUGCGAGUGAUUUCUGGAAUGUUAGUUUAUCUUAUUUUAAAAGUAUUUAUUUUUUACCUAAUAGAAAAAAUAAACGUUUAAUUAUGCAAUAAUAGCUACAUAACUCUUUAUUCUGAUUACAUUUUAUUCUCAAUUGAAUUUAUGUACCUACCUACAAAUAGGUAAUAUGGAAAAUAUAUAUUCAGUCUUUCCCCUUGUUUUUAGCCUGCCUGUGUACAAUCCACUGACAUUAAUGUUUUCAACUUGGGCAUUCAGAAACUAUUUUAAUGUAGUUGUAAAUCUAAUGAUUUAUAAUCGUUCAAAUCCCCAACAGGACAAACAAAUAGAUUCCAAAAAUCUUUCUACAAUACAGAUCAAUUAACCUGUUAUUUAAUUCUAGUUUAACAGAUAUAGAAGGUAUUUUUCCUUUAGAUAAAUUAUUUGGCAAUCCUGAAACGGUCUCUUCCCACAUUUUUACUAUCACUAACACCGUUAGAGCGUUUUCGUUUCUACGUUUUUUCAAUUUUGUUUGCAACUUUCUAAAUAUUUUUUCUGUCCACCAAGUCCUACAGGAAUAUAAUGUCCACUAUCUAUUAAAUAGAUACAUUGAUAAACUAAAACCUAUAUUUACGCUAAUAUUGAAAUUUACAAAGAGUUGAUAGUAAUGAACUUGUACGUCACUCAUGUGGUAAAUAUAGGAAUUCUGUACAAAAAAGACUUGUCUACUAUUAAAAAGACUGCUCGACACUUAUAGUUAAAAAAAAAAAUGACUCAUUUUAAUGAAACCAUUUUUACAAAUAAACAUAAAAUUAUAAAAAUCUGUGAUUAUGCGACGUUCUCCCUAGCGAUUUCCUAAUGCAAUUGAAAACUUAAAUUACUUGGAUUAUUUACUGUCAUAAAAUGAUUUAAAUGUAUCAGAUUAACUAUACCUGUUUUUUUAAAUCGAUCUAGAUUAUAUCAGAAGCUUUAUUAAGUUUCAUCUUCAUCCGUUAUAAAAUACGUCCUCUAAAUAAAAUUGGAAUCUAUUUAGAUAUUUAAAAAGAUUUAUAUUUAAAAGAUCAACUUCUGCACUCAAUACCUUCUAAGAAACUAAUAUGGAUAAAUUUUCAGACUAAACUAGUACCCAAAUACGAUAACUUUUGGUGAAAUUUGUAUGAUCUCAAGAUUAUCUUUAUCAACAAAAUUUAUCCAAUGGAAAACUUAGAUACAUUUAAAAUAAGAAACUUUUUCUAGAUUACUUUAAAUUUUAUAUAUUGGAUAAAUAAACUUAUUUUAUGUAGACACCUAAGUUCAUACGAUUGCAUUAUUACCUUUCUGUCGCAUUUUACGUUAAGCAUUUAUUUUAUAAAAAUAUGUAGGACAACUUUUCUUUGGCGAUCAGAAAUGUGAAACUUAAUUGUCUUUCCAUAAAAUUUAAAAGUUAACCUAAUUAUUUUUUUUCUAAUUGUGUUACAAUAAUAAUGGAUCGACAUAAAAAUCCUAAAUAUUGUUGCAAUAAACAAAACACCAGACGUACUUAUUCUAUGUACCUUAUAAAAAAAUAAAGUAACAAAACAAAAUUUGUAUUAGUUAGGUUACUUAGGAAUAUUUCAUUAUGGCCUGUUUAACGCAGAAAUCGAAAUUUAUUGAUAAGUUCACUUCUUGAGAUAUUUUAAACAAUUAAUUGAACUUAAUAUAUACUGCAAUGCUGGUAUAAUAAAUAUGACCCCAGGGUCUUAAUUAUAUAACAAAACGUGAACAACUCUCGUUCGAAGUAAAUUAAAACUGAUAGUUUUUCAAUUAGAGAAUUGUUAGAAACUUUCUAAUCGAGUCAAAAAUGAGAUAGUUAAGAUUGUAACCAUGGUAAAGUACCAAAAUAAUUAUGUAUGUUUGUAUAUAUAAAAUAUUUAAAAGUGUAUAGAAUCCAUUUAUGCACGAUGUAAAUAAUAAAAUAUUAAGUAACAUAAUGAAAUUAAAAAGGAACAAAUCUUUCAGAAUACAUAAACGAAUACUCAAUUGAAAUGAGGAUUAUACAGACAGUAAGAUCUGAAUAUUCAUAAACUUAUAAAAAUAUAAUAUCAAAUAUUAACACAAGCAAAACUAGAAGAAAGCAAAAACUUAUUACCGUGUCCUCUAAAAAGGUAAUUGAUUUCUGUAUUCAGAUCUACCUGCUGAAAUUGUACCUGCUGAAAUCGUACCUACUGAAUCGCAGUAAUUAAUCAAUUAACAACUUUUAGUCGGAAAAAAAUCUUAAGUACACCGAUAAAGUGACUAACUUGCUUAGUAAAAAUUACCAUAACGACUUGUGAUAGACAAAUCUUCAUCAUAGAUAAAGAUCUAAACGAGGGAUAAUGAAAACCUCAUUGAUAUUUAUAUAUACUUUUUUAUAUAUCAAAAUAGAAUACAUAAAAAUUUGAUUACAUAAAAUUACAUUGCAUAACAUAGAAAAGGUUCUAGUAAAAAGAACAAAAAAUUGUAAUCUCCACGGACAAAACUCCUUCCUACCCGUAAGCCAUAAAAAUAUCGCAUAAUUGAACAAAUUAUCUAUUCAUAAAUAAAAGUGUGAUACUUCGAAUAGAAUUCAUCUUGUAGAGUGAUGUAAUGAAGAAUAUUGGGAAUAAACAAUGAAACAACAAUUUUAAUUAGAAUUAAGGCGGAUCUUUACACCAAUUAGUUAAGACAACUUAGCGAAUAUAGAAUACAAAUUACUUAGAUGUAUAAUGUCUACAGGAAUAUGAUCUUACUUUACUGGACAGAAACCUUUUUUGUCCAAUAGGUGUAAGUAAUGGAACACUUACAAUACGAGGCGCCAUUUAUAGACACAAAUGGCCGUAUUUUAAAGGUGUAGUCUACUUUAAAAAGUAAUUUGAAACUUCGAAUUAAGAAUCACUCUUAUAAAACUUCUUAGUCGUGGAACGUACUUGAAAUGACUUGAACUUGAGGACCGUCUGUUGCAUCGCCUCUUACUGUAAAUGUUCUAUGUAAAAAUUCUUUUAGCUUACAUAUGACUACACUGUCAUUAUCAUUGCUCUUUGGAAUCGUAAGUUCCUACCUACUUUUGUCGUCAUGAUUAUCUACAUAAAUACGAAAUAUAUUUUAAUUUGCAGCCAAUUCAUAAUUAAUUCUAAGGUUUGACACAAAUAAUAAAAUUAUCAUUAACAUCACAGUAGGUAACCCAUAUAUAUAUAUAUAU